AAACAGUGUUUAGGAUUAAGAUGUUAACGUCUUAACUCUUAACAACACCAUUUAUAUAUAGAUAUUGUUUUUCCUUCCGAUUUAAAGUAAUGAAUUCAGAUAACUUAAAAAUCAUAUUAAAUUUCAAACUUGUUACUUUCAACACCCAAGGUAUGCUUCUUUUUAUCGCCAUCUCUUUCUAACUCUUUGUCCAACUCAUUUCUCUCUCUCUCUCUCUCUCUCUCUCUCUCUCUCUCUCUCUCUCCUCUGCAAAAACUAGCAAAGGUGUGUGCUUGCCCCACCCCCAACUAGUUCACAACAUGGAAUGCUGCCAGCAAAAGCUUCAUCUUUCCACUAAAUUUUGCUUCAUGUAGAUGAUGAGAAAGGAAUGAAACGACUUGUACUUCAUGCUUCAAGAGUUGUAAUCUUCUUGAGAUCUUGAAAGUGAAAAGAGUAUACUUUUUUUCACAGAUUUACAAUGCCAGUUCCUCUAGCUCCAUAUCCAACUCCUCCUGCGCCACUUACAACUCCUACCGUUGGAUCUCAAAGCCAGCUAGUGUGUUCUGGAUGUCGAAAUCUUCUCCUUUAUCCUGUUGGAGCAACUUCAGUAUGCUGUGCAGUUUGCAAUGCAGUCACCUCUGUUCCUCCUCCUGGCACUGAAAUGGCUCAGUUGGUUUGUGGAGGCUGCCAUACAUUGCUCAUGUACAUCCGUGGUGCGACAAGUGUACAGUGUUCUUGCUGUCACACCAUCAAUUUAGCCUUAGAAGCAAAUCAAGUGGCACAUGUCAAUUGUGGAAACUGUAGGAUGCUUUUGAUGUAUCAAUAUGGAGCACGUUCAGUGAAAUGUGCAGUUUGUCAAUUUAUUACGUCUGUUGGGGCGUCAACGAGUGCUACAGAACAGAAGUUCAAUGUGUAACACUUGAAAUUUCUUAUUAAAUGGUGACCCAAGAAUCUACGUAUUAUUACAUAUAUAUGUAUAAUGUAUAGAGUUACAUAUCUCCUCUUGCGUGAGACUAUCAUCAUCUUUUUCAUAAAUAUUAUGGUGAUCAUAAAGAAUAAGAGUACGUAGAAUUGGAUAUACAAGAAUAUAUUCGAUUAUGAGAGGACAUUUAUUUAUAUGGUUGUAAGUUGGUGUUUGGUUUUUUCAGAUAAUGAGAAGUUUUAUAUAUAUAUAUAUUGUUUAUAUGUAUGUGAUUUGGUGUCAAAGUCGUGUCAUUUUUUUGACAAAUUAAUUCGGGUAUUAAAAAUUGUCAUUUCAUGUUAGACAUAUUAUGGUGUAAAGGGUUGAAUCUUAAAUAGAUAAUGACUAUAGACCAUAAAGGAUAAGUAUAAAGAAAAAAAGGUGUAGGAAGAAUCAUGUGAGACUUCAAAGUUCAACCCAUGAUGCGAUGAUUGAAUACCAAAGGAAAAGGGUAUCUUCGUAAUUUCGUAGCGAUGAGUGGUGACAUCAAGCAUGUUACGAAUCUACCGGUACACAUCUUUGAAGAUUUGUGGUAUUCAAUGGAAGAGUCAUGGUAGGAAGAAAAUGACCUUUGAGACCCUAAUGGAUAAGUAUGAAGACAAAAAGAUGUAGGGGAGAAUCAUGUGAAAAAAUAAAUUAAUUAAAAAAAUAAGGUGAAUAGUAACUGAUAAUGCCAUGUAAAAGAUUAUCCAUCACUAAAAUUAGUCUUCUUUUU